GACCUUUCAUGUGUGCCAUGCUGUGUGUCUGAAUGAAGUCUGUUGAAUGCCUUCUGUUUUUUACUUUUAGGUAGUCUUUUGUGGUCGGAUCACAAUGUCUCUUAUAAGAAAUGUCUUAAAACUGGUCGUGGUUCUUGGUGUGUUGGUGCUGACUGUUCAGUUCUUGCGAUAUUGGAUGGCAACUAAACAGUAUGUGUUUACAAAACAAGAUGUUGCCAAGUUAGCCAGCCAAUAUGCAGGUCAGGAUCACGAGCAAGCCUUCGCUAAAGUGGUCGUGGAGCUGCGUAAGAGAUAUCCGGGCCACAUCCUGCCUGAUGAGGACCUGCAAUGGGUGUUUGUGAAUGCCGGCGGGUGGAUGGGGUCCAUGUGUCUGCUGCAUGCAUCACUUACAGAGUAUGUGCUGCUAUUCGGUACUGCAGUGGACACAGGAGGACAUUCAGGCCGUUACUGGGCGGAAAUAUCAGACACCAUCAUUUCUGGAACGUUCAGGCAAUGGAAAGAGGGAACGACUAAAAGUGAAACUUACUAUCCAGGUGACACUAUAGUGCAUGCAGUGGGAGAGGCUACCUCAGUCCAGUGGAGCGCUGGCACGUGGAUGGUGGAAUACGGCCGAGGAUUCAUUCCCUCCACAUUGGGCUUCGCUUUAGCUGACACGGUCUUCAGCACCCAGGACUUUGUAACACUAUUUUAUACUGUACGUGUUUACUUGAAGAGUAUGCUCCUUGAGGCAAGUACUUGCUUAACUGAAGCUGGCGUCCUCUGAAAAACCACACUAUGUUUUGUCUCAUGUCCUUUUGUUAUUUGGAUAAUUGAUCACGAUGGUAGCCCUUUCCUUUGUAAAUGGAAGGCCGAUGUGUUAAAUUGGAAAGCCCUUAAUGUAACUAUUCCAACUAAGAACGUUUUAUUUUCCCUACUGUACAAAAUGUUAAUCAAAUGUCUUUUGUUAAAGUGAAAUGUCAAAUACAGUGGCUGGUUUUGGGGGAAAAAUAUGUGUGUGUGAUCUGACAUUGUUUUAGCAGCACAAUACUGUCCAGAAACGGUUAAAACGAGGUAUGGAUAAAAGAAUAAAAGGAGAGUUUGCUCUAUUUUGAGAUCCCAUUCUUUGCACCUUUAAUAUAAUGUAAAUACUGUUGCUUUAUUUUUCAGAACAGAUACGUUUACUGUCCAACAUUUUCUCCCUGUUCAGCCUCUUUAGAAUAAACCAUAUUGUUGAAUACGUU